GGAGCAUUAGGCGCACCAGGGCGACGGACUGGCAGUCUAGUUGUUACAACGAGUUCUGCGUCGCCGGCUGCUGACGGGAAUAGCGCUUCGGCGGCUGCUGGGCGAAGUCGAUCGGUUGUGGGUGUUGCCGACGAAGGGAGCACAACCAGUGGACGUCCAGCUCAAAACGCAGAGGGGCCAGCAGCUCAAGAGCAGGCGCGAAGCCUCGUGGACACAAGCGCACCUGCCAAUGUAUACUUGCGCACAUCACCUGACAAUGCCUAUCAGCAGCGACUGUCGGCAGUGCCGCCAUCGUGGCGACAUGAGCCGCUUUUCCUUCUUCCACCGCCCUUUGUUGUCGGGAGUGUCGAGCUGCCAGCUGCGACGCCACAUGUUAACUCGAUACAGAGCGGUAUCGCGCCUGCGGCUCGCCUUGAAGGCAGCGGCUUGGUCCAAGGCCAAGCGGUGGGUACUGUGGGUACUUCUGGCGCGGCUUUGCAUCAAGGAACAGUGCUGCCUUUGUCUCCGCAACACCAAAGCACAGCGUCUCCACCUGUCGGCGUGCCACAGGGCAUGAGCCUUCUUGUACAGAAUGCGCGGUGGCUGAUAUCUAUGCAGCCGUAUCUCCAGGUUCUCUGUCCCGCUCUGGUGAACCACUACUAUUUUGCGACAACUCCGCAACAGCAAGCUCAUAUUAACUCGUUUCCCCAGACCUACAGCGGCCACGUGCUACCUCACGGAUCUGCGCAGGCAGCGGCGACAUUACACGUACCGCAGCAAUUGCAUCAGCAUGGCUUUUUUGAACAUGCGCCACAACAGCAACAACACCAGGAGUUGCAUGCGCACCAGCGACAACAGGCAUUCCGCGCACACCUGCAGCAGCUUGUAGACCAGCAUCACCAACAGGAGGCUGCCACCCAGCAGGCGGAGACCCGCUGGGCUGCGCAGACACGAUCGCAGCAGUAUCCGCCCGCGCCGCCAAUGGCAGCUACUGCUCCAGUGAUGACCUUCCAGGAGGGGUAUAUGUUCGUCCCCGUUUACGAAGCGCUCCCCGCAACUAUUCCACCGCAACAGCCUUCAGCAACAUCUUCUGGGCAGGACACUCCCGCGAGGCGAGUUUCCACAAUUCCUACCGUCUCAGCGGCUGCCGGCAGCAUACCACGAAGGAAUGCGACGUUGAGCCAUCGCGAAUCGGACGGACGUCGUCAACGAGUGCGCAUGGGCAUCCUCACUACCCUAGCGGAAAGACACGAUCAGAUUAAAAACUACGUGAGCCGUGUCAUGGAGCGACGUCAGGAACGCGAGGCUUCGUCUGCUCAGGACGAUGGAACUGCUGCGCCAGGCGACACUAAUGCAGAUGUGCAUAGAGAAGGAGUUGAGGGAGUGGCGCCAGUCGACGUCGAAAUGAGUAGAACUCCUAAGCGUACUGAUAAUGAAGAAGCAGAAUUGUCCUCGUUCCGCGUAGGAGACGCAACAAGUGGAGGACGUACAUCACGACCUGGACGAGAAGAUGUCGUUAUGACGACGACACCUCAUGCUACCAAGGUCUCAGAGGACGGAGCUGUGGUGCUUCAGCCCUCUCCACCGUGCGGAUUGCUGGCGCUGAAAACAGUUAUUGAGCGACAAAAUGUUGGGGCAGCGGUCCUGCCGCACGCAUGUAGGUCGCUUCUGAGCGAGCUGGCCAAUAUGCACAUAGAACGGACGGUCGGGAACAAUGGGAUACCGGUAGAAUACGACGACGCCCUAUUGCGCGGACGGCGCCUGGUGGAAACGAGCGCGGAGUUCAACCGCGCUGUUUCGACUGCACUUGACUGGCUGACGCGAGAACGACUAGUCCGACGCGGUGCGGGAGUCGCAAGUGAUAUGGAGCGACAGCGUGGUCUUGCAGCCGCGCUCGAGGGUCUCAACAACGCGGUCACAAGCGCGCUUAUAGUUCUAAGGCAACGUGGUGAGGAAGCAGGGCAAGACGCAGGUAUGGUGAACAUGACGGAUAUUCAUAUUUAUUUAGAUAUAUAAUUUUAUAACACACGUAUUGCAGCACGGCUAGAGGAUGUACGAUAAUGUCACAAAUUGAAAUUUGUCUUUUCUCAAGUACAAGUAGUGAAGUGUUUAAUUCUUUCAGAAGGGUCUGAUCUUUCAUUUUCUUGCAAGCGCAGAACGGUGCUUUGGACGUUGACGACGAAGCGCCGUUACCCACGUCCAGAAUCGCGACCAGACGAGUAGGUGGAAAAGAGGGCGCACGCGCAAAAGGGGUCGCGCGGCAGGAAACGGGGCAGUCACAUAACCGCGGAGGAAAUCCUUUAGCGGUGACGGGCGCCCUAGCUGGAGCGCUGCAGCUUGGCGACGAAGGGGUGACGUCCGUAGUCCAGCUUCACGAGGCACUUUUAGCUAGCGAGGAAUGGCUAGAUCCGGUUUCCGAAUGUCGAGUGGAGCAGACCUGUCGGGAGAUGGGGGCCGAACGAUCAGUGCAGAGUUGGCGUCGGGGCUGGUCAAGUGGGCUACAGGAACUACUGGCGUUCGUGUACGGAAGUGGGGAGAACGUCGGCGCGCUACGGGUUCGCGCAGGCGUGGACGUCAUCCAGAAAGUCUUUUUGGAAAGAUUUAUGAUAACUGUUGAAGCCACUUUGUUUCUUUAUCCAAAGCGACGUUCUUGUGUAGUUGGGUUGUGAGCAUGUCGUUUAAAGGUUCUAGAAAGCAGAUUAUACACUAGAUAGGCGCUGCUUUAGGCAGCUGUUCCAAAACUCCUCCUAGUUCCAAGAGUCCUAGCACAACAUUCAUACUCUCCCUUGGCGACGAAGUCACCGACUAUCAAGAUCCAGUGUUGAGUUUUCCGAACGGAGGGGGUUUUCGUUCCGCCGGGAAGUGGAACUUCGGUCAGCUACGGCCUUCCAAUCGGGGCCACCUGCGUCACGGACAGUACCCACUGCGCCUUGAGGUGGGGCCAGAGUUCUUGACCUUGCCAGAGAGGUACCAACGGCUCAGCCAGAGGGCACAUCGCGAGCUUCCUUGGUCCACGGCAUGGCGGCGCGGCACAGCGCAAAGAAGGCCGAUCGACUUUCAGCUCAAGAUUCCUGUUGUGCAGGUUCUUCUAGACCUAAUGACACUUUCUCUCUGGGAUGAAUGCCGUUGCCGUCUGCCGUGUGUGUUGUGUCUACCGUCCGGAACAGACUCGCCGAGGUUGUUCGUAAGGGUCGCUCGUGCCUCCUGUAGUCCGAAAAGCCAAGCAGCGCCGUGGCUGUUCGCCCUGCUCAUCGGUCUACUGCGCUCUCGGGCGACGAGUGACCCGGGAGGCGUGGGGCGUGUGCUGACCUAUCAUCGAGGGACGCCCGCGGCAGGGGUCUAGCCGUUGCGUGUCGUUUUCGGGGGCGCGGGGGUUUCUAGCCUCGCCCCCCGCAAUUUGCUGCAGGGGCGUCUGGCGCCUGAACAUGGCCGCACCGGCAGGCGCGUCCGGCAAAGUUACGCCCCGGACCAGCUCCAGCCGUUCGGCCGGCUUGCGUUUGUGUUUCAAUGCGAAGAGCACCAGCAGGACAAGGUGCACCGCCUGCACCCUUUCGGACGACGCGGGUGCCGGCUGCCCGCGGAGGACGUGACCAGGGCACAAGAGCGGGCACCGAUUUUCCCGCGGUUUGUGGUUAGUUGGGUCGGUAUUUGCUUCGGCUGCGGAUAGUGCUCGGGGGGGGCCGCGGUUUUCGAAGUCAAUUGCUGCACAGUGAUGCUGAAGAGAAUGAAGGGCCCCCGGGGGUUUGCUCGAGGUUGGAACGGGUUGGGUGCCUGCGGGGGAGUGUUGCCUGGGGAGCGUAUGGCCGAAGGCGUGGACUGUUGUGAAAGAUUACGACCCGGGCCCGGACCAGACUCACAAAAAAACCUCUACGAGGAUGUAGGGGCGGAGGAGUAUUAGGAAAGUUUUGGAAUUGGCGGAAGCGGCGCCCGGGAAGGAUUGGCGAGAGCAAAAGAAGCAUGAGGUGCAUGCGCCUGGUGUGGGGUGGUGUUGGCUUAUCAAUUUCGCACGGAAGGCGUUGGCGUGACGCGUGGCAUUUUCUCGCUGCGUAAGAUGGGCUUGGAGUGGCCUCGGAUGUGGUCUUUCUGUGGCCUGCCAGACGAACCCGGGGAGACCAGUCGACAGGCCAGCCCUGGCAGUGCCCGCCCAUGGAUGCGGCGGCGUCCGAGGGGUGCCGCGGGUCGGUCUUCGACUUCGUGCCAGUAUCUGCCUGGCGAUGGCGAGGCGAGUGACAUGGGAAGGGCGGCGCGCGCAGGUAGGGCGAGAGGGGGUGGGCACGUGGAUACUUUUGAGCAGAGAGAGAGAGAGAGGGGCGGCGUCUGCACUGCUCCCCGCUUGUGACGCCUCUGUGGAGCGGGCUUCGGGUGUGUGGUCGUUUACGUUGGCAAAGGCAGACGCCUGGCCUCGGGGCUCGCCUGUGUUGGCUCGGGGUGUUCUGGUGGGUCUCGGACUAGGUGGGGCGUGGCCUUCCUCGUAUUGCAGGGGGGUGCGCGGUGCUUAACCUCCCUCGCAGCCAGACUGACGGAGGUCGUGCAGUCUUGGGCGUAGCGGUUCGGGCAGGAGAGCUCGCGCGGGCGCUCCCUCGCCCAGUCAUGUCAUGCUGUGAAGAGUUGGCGGGCGGGGUGCAUGUCUGGCGUUUCUUAUUAUUUUAGACAAGCAGCGCCUCGCAUGGUCUUGCCUCUCUUUCUGUAUAACCUUGUGCGCCAUGUGGUUUAUGUUUCUACUCUUUUUAUGUGUCUGCGUUACAUGAGUUAAGUUAUUUCAAACAAUCAUGAUAAGCACAAGAAGACAGCGAGAUACUUCAUGUCUCAUUACAUCAAUACAUAGGUGAUGCCGCCACGGGGGGUAACCAUUCGAAUACGCAUUCGAUCUGAUGGGGCAAGUGUUGCGGAAAGACAUAGCUCCGAUCAGGGAAAUGACGACCCGGAAAGUCCACAGGAGUCGCGUGUCCGUGCCUGGCGAAAUCUAUUACAGCGUGCUGCUGAUCAUCAGGCCGAAGCGAGAGCGAAUCAAAACACGCAACAGCCUGUCGGAACGACGACAUCAAUUACGGUAUUGGAAUAAAGAAAUCAUGGUUUUCGUACCCACGUCGUCUGGUCACGUAAAAUAGUUUUAGCAUGGCAUUCCUAAAACCUAAAUUCGUCCUUGUGCAAUAGCAAUACUUUUGGAGGAGUGUUUAGGUCAGAAUAUACUACAGACAAAGGGGAGACCGACAUCACACAUCUUAAACCGGAAAGGGCUAUAAUCCCGACGACUCGUGGGGGGCCUAGCUAUGAGAUGGAAGCUUUGAUGACCGUGACAUGGUUACCCUCAACAAGCGGAGGCGCUACUGCAAAUGUGGACUUUCGUACCGCUAUUAAGGCUUGGUCGCCUAAUGAUCCAUGUCCAUCUGAUGCUGAUGAAUCAUCCUGAAAGACAACAUAUUGAACAUAUUUUUAGAAGGUAACAUUUUAUGCCCGAGUAUAGAUGCUCCUUGUCAUUAAGAAGAUGGAAUCAAUACGCUGAGGAUGAGGUCCAGUACUAUGCCUCUCAUCAUCAAGACAUAGAUUUGGAAUCAAUAUGAUGCUGAGGAGGUCCUCUUCAUCUAAUAGUGCGCGCAUGCGGGAUACGAGCUUCCGCAAUCGCGCUUGGCGUCGUACUAGUGACAUCUAUGAUCGUAAUCGCGGAAAUGUUCGGGUCCAGGAAUCCGUAGGCUUUGAAUUUUCAGACGGAUUUUUUCGCCUCCUGGUAGAUGGGCGUCCUCUAGACCUGCAAGUUAAGGAUAUAAAUAUUGUUUUCACAUUUAUUUUGAUACAUAACAUUUACAUUCUCCAGUAUGUAACAUCCUUGGCCUUGCUUUGAACUAAAGUAGAGAACGAGAGUGUCACAAGGAUGUUCUGAAGAACAUAAUAGAAAUGCUGCAACCUUUAAACAAGGCAUGUUGCUGGAGCCCCGUACUGGGUCGGAAAGACCCGGAGUUUCCUCGCACCGCAGAAGAACGAUAUGGAUGACGUUUAUUCCAUUCUUACGAGCGUCGAGGCUGCCCUUUUCCCCUUAAAACUGUAUAGCUGAAGGGGGGCCUCGAUGUUGUGGCUAGGUGGAAAAAACAUCAUCCAUAAAUGAGUGGUAUGUGGGAAGAUAACGAGACCACGGCUUGGGCCGCUAGUGAACAGGGUUAAGGAAAAACAGCUUGAAGUUUUCAAUGGGUCACAUGCUUCUGUUGCCAGCUUUCAGUAUGUGUAUGGGCUAAAGUUCAUCAGGUGAAUGUAUCUUUUGUCUCUACGUUUUAGGUGGUUCAUCAGUAAAUCCAUCAUCAGUGUUGCGGCGUGUCAUACCCCUGCAGGUGUGCUGACUUGCUCAUGGGGCCCCGCUGCGUCGGGUUGCGCCUUAGGUUUUCUACAGGAGUCGAAUGUACGGCUUCUCCGAUAGAUGUAGAUUUGUGGCCGAUUGUACGGUCUUAUGCGCACCCGGUAUGUAAUUUGGAUGAUCUUAUAAAUAAGGGGGUAAAUAAUUGAUUGAAAGGGUGGCGGCAUAUAGUCCUAACGCAAAAAAAAAAAACUCUACGGGUGCUAGGAGUAGUACUAUCAGAGGCACACACAUGACAUCAUGACAAUGUGUGUUCUUCUUCUAUUGGUGGCUAUAUAAUAAAUAAUAUUAGCCUUCAGUUUUACCCGCGAUUCUGAAAAACUAACUCUAAGAAGUGUCUGCGGGGACAUCAAACACGCAGGCAGGUAACGGUCGCCGACAUUUUUACGAUCCGUACACUGGUCAACGAUUGGCUAAUGAUGAUGCAACGAGAGCGACUGAAACGGUGCGAUCAGUGAAUCAGGCAAGUAGAGCAUUGAGCAGCGCAGGAGGCCAAGGGAUGGGCAGGCCCAGCACCUCUUCGGGAAGCACGCAACCAGAGAGGGAGAUGCGUGCUCAGGAAACAAACGGCCGAGCGGUUUUUAUGGCCGCACUAAGAGCCAGCAGCGAGGCCAGCACCGCAACAACGUCGCCUUCAUCAAACACUUACGUGAACAACUCAAUUGACGGAGGAAAUCCACCUCCACCCGGACAUGAAAGAAGAGCGCAGGAGGGAAACGAUGAGGCUGGACAAACAUCUCUGAGUGGGCGAUCUGGCUUGGAACAAGCACCUCAAACAACGACAGAUGACGAGCUUGAACGCCAAGAUGCAGCUUUUUCUGUGACAUACGAAAACGUCAUCCGAACCUUGCUCACUCCGAUCCCCGCGGAGUCGAUUGUGCACCUCGAUGUGAGUGAUCUGAGCCACUUAGACUUACGGAAGUUCUUGAGGUCCCUGCUAGGUAAGUUUCAAUCCGAAAAUUUCUAAACUUCCAGUCCGAUGCAUGGAGCGAUAGUGUGUCGUGGGUAGAUAGACUAGGUCACGAGGUAACACGACGGACAUAACAAUAAAUAGAAAAUGACCGAGUUGAGCAAUAUAAUUUCGUACCUACUAUUUUGAGAUAGGUAAAGAACUUCACCUUUGUUGAGUCUACGAUCAUGGUUCUCGCCAUUAGGCUAUUAUUACUACAUGGGACAUCAUAACGAUGUUGAUGAAUUAUCAUGUUUGCCUAUGUCACAAAUCUAACACGCUUUACGCCAGAGUUUGCGGGCUCCUUUGCGAUGUAUGGGUUCAACGGCUCACGUGGUGUCCCCGAUUGGCAGCUAGACCACGCUAUUCGAAGACUCUACUAG